CUGGGCGGCCUCUCGCAGACCGACUCCCGUGACUACAGCCUGGUGACGGCCAGCUGCGGCUUCGGCAAAGAUUUCCGCAAGGGCAUCCUCAAGAAAGGCAUGUGCUACGGGGAUGACGCCUGCUUCGUGGCGCGGCACCGCUCCGCCGAUGUGCUGGGGGUGGCAGAUGGCGUAGGUGGCUGGAGAGACUACGGGGUUGACCCUUCUCAGUUCUCAGGGACUCUGAUGCGGACGUGUGAGCGUUUGGUGAAGGAAGGACGGUUCGUCCCGAGCAAUCCCGUGGGGAUUCUCACCGCAGGAUACUGCGAGCUGCUGCAGAACAAAGUACCUCUGCUUGGGAGCAGCACGGCCUGUAUAGUAGUUCUGGACAGAACAAGUCAUCGUUUACAUACAGCCAACCUGGGAGACUCUGGGUUCCUGGUGGUCAGGGGAGGAGAGGUCGUGCAUCGAUCCGACGAGCAGCAGCAUUACUUCAACACUCCGUUCCAGCUCUCAAUAGCUCCUCCAGAAGCAGAAGGAGUUGUCUUGAGUGACAGCCCCGACGCCGCCGAUAGCACAUCCUUCGACGUGCAGCUCGGGGACAUCAUCCUGACGGCCACGGACGGACUGUUUGACAACAUGCCUGACUACAUGAUCCUGCAGGAGCUGAAAAAGCUCAAGAACUCCAACUACGAGAGCAUCCAGCAGACUGCGCGGAGCAUCGCUGAGCAGGCGCACGAGUUGGCCUACGACCCCACGUACAUGUCGCCGUUCGCGCAGUUCGCCUGUGACAACGGGCUGAAUGUGAGAGGGGGCAAACCAGACGACAUCACCGUCCUGCUGUCCAUCGUGGCCGAGUACACAGACUGA